AUGGUCUUUCCUUUCCAGCCUAUGGGGAAAGAGAAUUUCAUUCUCUUAUGUCAUACUAGGUGUUCCAAGCAUGAGAUGGUUAGAACCGCAGUGGGAGCAAAGCACCACAGGGCGUCGAGGGUAAGAACUGUCUGAUGGCUGUUUCGUUGUCUGGUAGUUAAUAGUAUUUGCGAUAGAACCUGUGUGUUGAAAUGUAGAAAUGAUCUGUGUGGGUCUUCCCCCAACACUGGCCCAUUCAUCAACCAUAAAAACUAGAGAGGACCAAAGCUUUGGGCUGUGUUGCCUGUUCUUGAGGGUGUGUUAAGUGGCAUUAACAAAUUACAGUUACUCUAGUCGUUGGCUUUCCAUGAUGAUCCCUGAGCAAGAACCAGUAAUUACCUUGUGGGUUUUGGAAAAAAAUGUACCCCAGGGUGUGUGUUUUCCCCUUUUAUCUGUGGAGACAGACAAAAUAACAACCAGACCAACACCACUGGCGGUCAGAGGCGGUUUUAGGGUAGCGCAAAGGGUUCAGCCGCAUUGAGGGCCACAAGGGGCGCCACAACAAUGGAAAAUGGAGCACGAGAGAUGGUGGGGAUAAAAUUUUAACAUCAUGCAGGGCACUGCUGGAAUUUGACAUCCCAGUGUCUGCCACCGCUGAUGGUCCUUGGUAAUCUUUCUGUAAAAUUCUUGAUGAAUGACGAAUGUAUUGGAUUUAUUUGCUCUUCUUUUAUACUGUUGUUUCCAUGGUUGCUUCUGUUGUUAUGAAAAUUUCUUAACCACCUGAGUGGCAGGCCUUGGGUUCUCACAUUUCAGUGGUGCCCUGUGUAACACCAAAAUUUGCCUCCCACUCGCCUCUCACCUUCCAUUCUACAUCACAAUUGCGGCACCCCCAAGGCUCUGAGCCCAGUGCGACCGAACUGGUCACAUUCCUCUAAAUCUGGCUAUGCCCGGCCAUUACCAUAAGGUUCCAUUGUGGGUCACAGCAAUGCAAAAAACAAACAAACAUGAAAAUCAGUUAAACCAAUUUACAAUCGAAAGAAUAAGGUGCAUCCAGUUUAUAGGUAUAAAGCAUGGUAUAAAUAAUAUCUAGCUACAUUUGAUGUGGCUUUGAAUUCUCUGAAAGUUCGCAGCAAUUUAGACUUGCAUACUGGAGUAGCAAACCAAAAUAGUCAUAGAAUAAGAUAUGCCUUUAUAGAAACCUUCUGCUUUCAUCAGCAAUUUGAAGUGUAUAAGACAGGGAGGAGAAGGAGCUGCUUUUAAACAAUGAGGAUGGAUAAAUGUCCUCUGAAGGUGACAUCUGCCUUCUGCAAGAGUGCUCUGAAACCCUGCUCAAAGUUAUGCAUUGCUUUCCAAACCAAAGCCACUAGAUGCUUUUCGACAGAGCUAAACCUGUAUCCUGUCAUGGUGAACAUAUAUAUCUCUGUCCACCAUUGAUGGGAAACAUUUGGAUUGUUCAUUAGAGACAGAGGUUGACUAGAUGUGGGGAGAGAGGGAGAAAGGAAGGGAAGGGGGAAGAAAGGGCACAAUCCACCACCAAAAAGGUUCCAUUUCUUUCCCUACAUAUAUACUUAACUGUCUCCUCUUGCAAUUUCUGGAUUUAUAAGAGGGUUCUUGAUUUUGACUGGGAAAAGCAGGUGAUGGAGAGAGGAAGAUUCAUCUGGCAUUUAUUUGACACUACCUAGUUAUUUAUUUACUGAGCCCCUUCCCCUUUUGCAUCGUUGCUAUUGCUAGCGGUUCAUUUUAUGGCACAGAAAAGGUUUACCACUGUCCCUUCUCCUUUUAUUUCACCUUCCUAGUUACCCUGGAGAGUGACCCAGCCUGACCCAGCCAUGAGGAGUUUCCACCUCCUGGUUGCCCUAAUCCUUGCAGUGCUCCUGGUGAGCCCAGGUAAGGUGCACAGAAAUGGAAGUCACUAGCAAAACGCCUCUCUGGCUUAUAGGUUUCCUAGGGUAGACUUGGAAACCACAAUUUAAUGCAACAGGCAACAGGUAAUAUGCGCUCUCAAAUAUUAAGCUUUGAUUUCAAAUUCCAAAACAGAAUGGGUUGCAUUGUUCAUGAGGCUUAAUAAAUCUAUGCAGCAGGGAGUCCUUCCUUAGAUUGGCACUUCAGGGUUCAUGAUCCUGGCAUGGACCUGGCAAAUAUUGGUGGAGAAAUCUAUCAAGCUUCUCUUUUACACUUGCUUGCUCAAACUGAAGAGUGACAGGUUAAGGACUAGCCAUUCUCUGUAGUCCCUGCACCUCCUUCCUUUGAUCAACUGCCCUCUUGGUACAGAAAAUUAGGAAGAGGCACUUGAUCCUUCCAGAUUCUUGGAUCUGAGCCUAGCAACAACACCUGUAUUGCAAGAGAGUAAGUGGAGAGGAGAUCUCUCUGCAAAUCAUUCUUGGGUAGAGUCAUGGAUGCACCUGAUAUAUCUGACUGUGUGUUGUUGAUUUUUCUGAUUCGGUAAAUGGCAUAUGGAGUUUUUAUUACUUAUCUGCUUAUUUGAUUUCUUACCCUUUGCCCUAAGGUCCCAGGGUGAGUUAAAGCAACAGUACAUACACAUAAAACCGUUCCGCCUGGAAUGGUUUGGCACAUUUUGUCAUCAUAACAAGAACAAUACAAAUUUGGCAAAAGCGGUGGGCCACACGAAAAGAGAAGCCAUGACUGUGAAAGGAUAAAACAAUGCAUGGUCAUCCCAGGGUGAAAGAGAGGCAGUGUGGGCUAGCAGUUAGAGUGUCAGGCUAGGGAACCUGGGAAACCUGGGUUCAAAUCUCUACUUGGCCACGAAACUCACAAGGCAAUCUUGAGCCAGUCACAGAAGAUGGUAGAAGACCUCUUUGAGGAGGGUCCCACACUUCUGAGCAUAGCUGUCAACUUUUCCCUUUUCUGGUGAGGAACCCUAUUUGGAAUAAGGGAAAUUUCCCUUUAAAGAAAGGGAAAUGUUGACAGCUAUUCUUCUGAGCAAAAAAAGCCCCAUCUGUGGAUUUUAACAGUUGAGAAGGUCAGUGGGUCUCACGUUGAUAAAGCAAUCUAUCUCCAAACGCCAGAUGUUGAGGGUGAAUAACAGGGGAAGGCGUAGCCUGCCUGACCCAGCAAGGCUGUCUUCAAGACAUUAUGUUCUCUGCUUCUUUCUUAUGCAGGAAAUGGGGAGCGUGAGCCCCGGUAUGUGAGCCACUGCCUCCGGCGAGGAGGGAUCUGUCGGUAUGAUGACUGCAGUGAGGGCGAGGAGCAGAUUGGGACCUGCUACCACCACACCAUGAUCUGUUGCCGGGAUGAAGUGGUUUAGUAGGGAGAGGCAAACUGGCAAACUGAAGAGAUCCCCCCAAAGGAGAGAGUGUUCCUCUGCUCCCUUUUUCCAGUUAUGAAUUAACCUUGCCAAAUGUUACACCCACACACCCUCCUAAUAAAAAUGUAUUUUUUCUCUCUUGG